AGAGGAGAAAAGUAGAGAUUUUCGGGAUAUUCAAAUUGGAGAGAUUUUAGGCUUUAAGGUGCCUGCCUGCCACUGAGAUAUAUAUAUAUAUAUAUAUUUGACAUUGAUGAUUCAUAAUCUAAUGAGUGAAGUUUCAAUGGGUUCUUCUUCGUUCAUCAAUCCGGCGCCAUUGUUCUCUUCUUCUAACUCAUCCCUCUGCGAUGCAGCCGGAGUUGCAGGAAAUGUAUUUGCCUUUGUGUUAUUUGUUUCACCCAUUCCUACGUUCAGGAGAAUUGUGAGAAACAAAUCAACUGAGCAAUUCUCUGGAUUGCCUUAUAUCUAUGCACUCAUGAACUGUUUGAUCUGUUUGUGGUAUGGUUUGCCCAUUGUAUCUCCUGGUAUUAUUUUGGUCGCCACUGUCAAUUCUGUUGGAGCUGCUUUCCAGUUAAUCUACACCACCAUAUUCAUCAUCUACGCAGACAGAUCCAAAAGGGUGAAGAUGUUAGGACUCUUAUCUGCAGUUAUUUGUGCGUUCCUUAUCAUAAUAGUUGCGAGUUUGCAAGCAUUCGACACUUCAAACCGACAAAUGUUUGUCGGGUACUUGAGCGUGGCUUCUCUCAUAUCAAUGUUUGCUUCUCCGCUCUCUGUCAUUAAUUUGGUGAUCAAGACUAAAAGUGUCGAGUUCAUGCCAUUCUAUCUUUCUCUUUCCACACUCUUGAUGAGCAUAUCUUUCUUCGCCUAUGGAAUGUUUAAGGCCGAUCCUUUCAUCUAUGUGCCAAAUGGAAUUGGUGUGAUUUUGGGGGUGAUACAACUAGGCUUGUAUUAUUACUACAACAAAUCUGAAGAAGAGUUGAGGGAACCUUUCCUGGAGACAUAUGUUUGAACAUAUAUAUUAUUGAUUGUGAUUUUAAUUUAUUUUUCAAUUGGGAAUUCUAGCUAUUUUAGGUUAUUCAUUUUGUAUGAUAAUUAUGUCUGUAAUAUUUGUUGCCAUGAAAGUCAUUUUUUUUUUAUUGU